AUGGUCCAAUUGGCUCUUCGCACGGACGGACCCCGACUCUUCUGGACGAUCGAGGUGCCGAGAGUGCACACAGACUCGCUCUCAAUCUCGUUAUCUCGUCUCAUUGCUGCGCUGCCCCCGGCCCCGGGACGCGCAGACACGACAAAUCCCUUCGGAUCUUCCUUCAAUGCAGCUGAGGAAACGGGGUCCAUCUGCUACGGUCGCUCCAUGAACCGCGCCAACCUUGUCCUCCGGGAGACCCUGACUGGCGUCUGCUUGCAUCGAUUCGCCAGUCUUCUAGCGCCCGUGUUCUUCACCAAGACAAUGGAUGGCACUACCCAGCACCAACUGCUGGCCGACCGGGCGACAUGCUGA